UGUCUCCAUGCAACCCCAGAAUAUCCUGGAUGUGUGACCCAAGGGGCAAGGGGUGGCAAUUUUGCAGAUUUUCCAAACAGGUGACUUCAGCUUCCCUGGGCCUGGGCAGGAGGGGUAGCCCAAUGACAAUGGGCAUAGCCCCACAUCAGGAGCGGGAAACAUUUGGCAGGCUUUGCAGAAUUCUCACUCCUCCGAUCCCAGAGCAUUGGUUCCAGUUUUCCUGGCUGCUGGGGUAUGGCCGUCAAUGUGUACUCCACAUCCGUGACCAGUGAAAAUCUGAGUCGCCAUGAUAUGCUUGCAUGGGUCAAUGACUCCCUGCACCUCAACUACACCAAGAUAGAACAGCUCUGCUCAGGAGCUGCCUACUGCCAGUUCAUGGACAUGCUUUUCCCUGGCUGCGUGCACUUGAGGAAGGUGAAGUUCCAGGCUAAGCUAGAGCACGAAUACAUCCACAACUUCAAGGUGCUGCAAGCAGCUUUCAAGAAGAUGGGUGUUGACAAAAUAAUUCCUGUAGAGAAAUUAGUGAAAGGAAAAUUCCAAGAUAAUUUUGAGUUUAUUCAGUGGUUUAAGAAAUUCUUUGACGCAAACUAUGACGGAAAGGAUUACAACCCUCUGCUGGCGCGGCAGGGCCAGGACGUAGCGCCACCUCCUAACCCAGGUGAUCAGAUCUUCAACAAAUCCAAGAAACUCAUUGGCACAGCAGUUCCUCAGAGGACGUCCCCCACAGGCCCCAAAAGUAUGCAGACCUCUGGCCGACUGAGCAGUGUAGCCCCACCCUGCAUCCUCCGGAAGAAUCCCCCCUCAGCCAGAAAUGGCGGCCAUGAGACUGAUGCCCAAAUCCUUGAACUCAACCAGCAGCUAUUGGACUUGAAACUGACAGUGGAUGGGCUGGAGAAGGAGCGCGACUUCUACUUCAGCAAACUUCGUGACAUCGAGCUCAUCUGCCAGGAACACGAAAGUGAAAACAGUCCUGUCAUCUCGGGCAUCAUUGGCAUCCUUUAUGCCACUGAGGAAGGAUUUGCACCCCCAGAGGAUGAUGAGAUUGAGGAACACCAACAAGAAGACCAGGACGAGUACUGAGGGCGGCUGCAGCCCUGGCUGACUGCACAGUGUCCCUGUGCCCCUCCCUACGCCCACCCUACAUUAUAAUCCUUUCCUUCCAGCGGUUGGCCGGGUGCUUUGUGUUAGUGCGGCAGCCAGCGUUGGGAGCCCGGCAGGCAGGGCUGGGGGGAUGGGCAGGUGAGCAGGCAGAGGCCCCGCCCUCCUGUGGCACUGGCCCAGUGGGCGGCCCCCUGCCCACUCCUACCCCUAUUUAUUUCCGUUGUCUCUAUGCUGUGUUGGCCAACACUUCCCAGGGUGCUGCUGCCACCCUCCCCACCUCCCACCCCCAGCCAGCCACCUGCUCCUCGACAGCCAGCAGCUGUAUAUUUGACAAAGUCAUUGGUAUAUUUUUACUUACUGGAUUUUCCUUGCACUUUACCUGUUCUUUUCCCAGGGCUGACAGCAGGGCUCAGAGCAGUGUACCUGGCUUGGCUUCCCUUCCCCACUGCUGGGGUCCAGGGCAGGACUCAAGAGAUUCUUAUUUAUUUUGUCUUUUGACUUCCCAGUGGCUGAGGGGAGGGCUGAUGUCAGGAGAGGGAAGGGUGACUGAGGAGGGAGGCUGUAGUCCCUGGUGAUCAGGCAGAGGAAGGGAAGUGUAUGAGGGAUAGAAAUGACCUCCUGGCACUGGGCUCACCCCCUUGGCCCCCUGCCUCCAGCACCGAAGCCCAGCACUGCCCCAAGGCCCCCAGCCACUCCCUCCUGCAGCUUGGUUCAUACCACACAGCGGCCUGGACCCCACUGUACGUCCAUCUCCCAUUGCCCCACUCCCCAGCCCUGCCCACUUGGGCCAACCAGCCUGCAUAUGUGUUCACUUUUAUUUAAAUAAAUGUGUAAUAAAAGUCCACGUCUCCCUCA